GUCAGUUUAAACAUUUCUGCCAGGCGACUCAAAGUGCUGCAAAACGUCCCCCUGCACGAACACCGGCCCCGACCUCAGUGGCGGUGACCACCCGAAAAAACAGAGCCAUUUUUAGCCGUUUACUGCUGACGUUUACACGCGCUUCAAAUAGCUUCCGUUUUACACUGCUGGUGAUUGGACUGCUCUCCACUCACCCGCCGAGCUAGUUCACUGGCUGAGCGAGUCCGACGUUGUACACUUCGAUGGAGGAUCAGCCCAGCGAUCGGGCACAAGACAGGCAGCAGCAGCAGCAGCAGCAGCGCGCAGGGGACAGGGACACGGCUCAACACACGGCCGCUCUGAACAAUGAUCAAAGCCACUUCCAGCGCCAGCAUCAGGAAACGCAGACGAAGAAAACAGGCAAUAAAAAAGUGAACAUCAGUGACGAGGAGGGGGAGAAGAAUACACAUCUGUCUGAUACUGUUGGCAUGUCGCAUUCCCCCAACAGCAAUGGUAACAGACACAUAAGUAGUACAAAUGUGAAGCAGAAGUCAACGCAAAAGCUCUACACAACUGUUCCAAAAGUGAGCAGCAAAGGGUUGGACCAUAAGAAGAAUAUGGACCUUAAAAAUGACAAGGAAAAGGCCUUUGAUUUGAAUCAUCACGAGGGCCCGCCUUUGGAUAAGAAAGACUCCGUUUUGCUUCAGAAUGGCAUUGUAAACUGUGGCUUUAUUACAAAUGGCUAUUCUAGCAGGGACAAUGAUGGGAGCGGUUCUGAAGGUGGAUAUACAACUCCGAAGAAGCGCAAGGCCAGAUGUAACAACACCAAGAACACUGACAAUGUGAUAAAAGACAAGGAGAGAGACAUGCAGCAGGGCAACACUACACAGGAGUCCGGGGCUUUUAAUCUUGAGAUGACUGAGAAGGGAGUGACUUCUAGACUUGAUGGCUUUAGAGCCGCCCAUAAAGCAGAAGCUCAGUCAGCAGCAAGACGCGCUGCUGUGUCAGAGGCUUCAGUGGGUGAAUCUCAGAGGAAAAGCUCUGAUGCCAAAACGAUCGGCACCUUUGGUAAAAAGAAUGAGGAAAGGCACAAACCCAAGCUUUCCUCGCCUUCAAAAGAGGACUCCUGGACUUUAUUCAAGCCCCCUCCAGUAUUUCCUGUGGACAAUAGCAGUGCUAAAAUUGUUCCCAAGAUCAGUUAUGCAAGCAAAGUUAAAGAAAACCUCAACAAAGUAGCUCAAGGUGGAGGAGAGCCACUGCCUCCUCCUGUUAGACUGUCACAGGUCCCUAUGUCUGCUAUGAAAACUAUCACCUCAUCUAGCUUUACUAAUGGUCCUGUUUCUGGAAAUGGAAACAGUUGCCCAUCAGUGGGUACCUUCUUUGCUCCUGCUGCUAGUAGUAUUGCACCAGCCCCAUCUAUCCCAAGUGGCGAGAAUGUAGCAUCUCCUUUGGAAAGUAACUGUAGCUCUACAACUAGUCCUGUAGAUGGAGAAGCAUACGAGCUUAGAAAGUGUACUCUUUUAAUUUACCCUUUAAAUAUGCAACCUGUGCUCCCUAGUGCUCGUCACCUUGACCCACCGGCUGCUCAGACAAAUCAGAAAGCCUUGGGAGACAUCUUCCAGAAUCAGUGGGGGCUUUCCUUCAUCAAUGAGCCCAACUUGGGGCCAGAAGGAGGAGGUGGGCAGAUGCCCGCGGAAGACAGGACUGGUGUGGUCACACCUCAAAGCGAGCGUCAGGCUGCUGCAGCCAAGGCUGCCCAGCCCUGCUUUGAUGUUGGUCCAUCGUUCUUAGAGCCCGGCACUUUGGCUCAAGACCCAGAGAAAAGGACUCGUGCCCCUUGCAAUGUGUCUAAUGCUUGUUUUCCUGCUUGUGUGACGAGCGACGGGGAGAGGAAGCUGCAGCCAUGUGGCCAGGAAAAGACAAAACCUGAGGCCAGGGGUGCAAGUUCUGCUGCGCGCGCCUCCAGUAAAGACAGCGGUGCUAAGCCUGCACAGGGCCGGCUAACCACUCUGCUGUUUGGCUCACCUAAAGAACUGGGCCACUCUAAAGACAUUGGCAGAAGGUCUAGCUGGGGGUCCUUUGACGUCAAAGCUGCUGUCACUUAUCACACUAAAGAAAUGGAAUCCAUUUUCAACUUGCAAAAACAAGAUCCAAAAAGAGUAGUGGUUUAUGACGAAACCAAGGAUGGACCUGAUCAGUGAGGUAGCUGCUCCGCAGUACUGAACCUUCUCUCCUGGGUGCUGCAGUUAUCUACCUUGGACAAUCCUAAAUCCUGUUGGGUAGAUAAAGUGACAACUGUGAAAACAAUGAUAGUUUAGCAUGACAGAUGUUCCUUUGGAAUCUCGGGCGGAAUAACAGACAUUCUUUUGUGGGCAUCAGACAAACACACACACACACACACACUCUGGAGGGACAGUCAAGGAGCUGACCGGUGCCUCUCCAACAUGAUGAACGGACACUUGCGACUUUAAGCUGUUUGUCUCGGGGCUCUUUGAGGACGAUGUUCAGGAGUUCAACAAAAGGAAGGCGUCUAGGACUGCGCCUCCCUAAGCCUUUAUCCUGUUGAACUGCAGCAGCCGUCAGUCUGACUAUGGGAUGCCUCAGUCAUUUUCUCUUUUUCUUUUCUUUUUUCCCCCGCGUAUUCAAAUGAGUUCAUGGUAGAUAUGUUAGACGUUAUACAUACACAUCUGUGUGCAAGCUUGAAUUCAUUGUGAACGGAAGAACACACUGCAAAGAAUGCCUUGAAGUUGUGGAAUAAGGAUCUUUGGAGUUCUUGUGACAGCUCGUAGGUGAGGCCCCGUCCAGGAAGGGAGAACCUCUUCUUAAAGAGCCCAGAAAUUAAACGCUUGCUUCUUCUUUUUUUCUUUUCUUUUAUACUGUUUGGUCUGACGUAAUGUGAGUGUUAUCUAUACUGCAGUACGACCCCUGAGCACAGGUACAUAAGUGCCCCACGUUGAAGGAAAGUCUUGCCCCUACAUUUCAUCGUUUAAUGACAUUUUUUUUUUGUGCUAAAGAUUAAAAAUGAAAAAUGACACAAAAAAAAAUCAGGUCUCCGUUAAAGACAAAACCUUUUUAAUCUUUUAGCUUCUCAUACAUUUCAUGAAGAUCGUCAUCGGGUCAGUGCAGACUGUUCAUAGAUUCAGACUGGUGUACCUACUGCUGAGAUAUGAAUUCUUGAAUUUAGGAAUGAACUGGGCGACAAACUGUAAAGUAAGAGACAUUUCUUCCAAUAAGGUCUUCUGCGUUUUGUGCUGUGUGUUCAGCAGCAAGACUCAGGAUCUCCAUACUCAUCUACUUUUGCCUGCGUUUCUGUCUGCUUCGACUCCUCUUGUCAAAGGAACACGUGUUGCAUUCAUAACAUGGGAUUUAUUUCAAUUUUUCCCCUGACUCAGCAUUUUUGUCUUUACUUUUUCAGUCUUAUGGCAUUGUAUUUCCUGCAUGUUUACUGGUGGAAAAUGAAUGACUCAGAGGUCACUGUUCAUCGCCACACUAAGAUUACAGUAACACGCCAACAACUGCAAUACUAAAUCCCCCCCCCCAGCCCCGGCUAGCCACUUUUUUCAAACCGUGUUGAAAUGUGAAGAUGAGUUGUACUAUUAUGUUUUGCUGUAGAUAACCUUUACAAACCAGUGUGCAAUAACCCCCAUAUGAUCCAUGCACACACGUGUGUAUCAUGGGUUUUAUGGAGCCACAAAGUCAUCACCCAAGAUUCGGCUGUGGCCUGCAGUUUAUUUGUUUCUUCAAAAAUGGUGCAUUUUCAGUUUUAUUGCACAAGGAACUUUUUUUUUAAAAGAGCUCACGUUGAAAGAUCUAAUCAAGUCUAUGGAGUCCAAAUUUGCGAACUGCUAACUGGCCUAACUAGCUAUGACAUCACUUUCCAUCACCGUCUCCAAAUCAGGAUUUGGUUUAUUCAGCAAAACUCCAGAAGAUAUGAUUUGGUUAAUGUGUGGAAUAAUAGCACUUUAUGUAAGCGAAUUGCUUUUAUCUUUUAAUUACUAGAGAGAUCUAUAUGUACUGACGAGAAAUACUCCUUGAAAGAAUGGCUUUGGGCUGUUACUUUUCAGAAAAAAAGUUGAUAAAUACAGAAUUAUUAAAUGUAACUCAGGUAGUGUUGACAAAGCCAUGACUAUGUUGAAAAAAAAAAAAUGUUUUCUGCCAAAUGGCCCUGUCAUGUAAUGUUCUCAUAAUUGGAAAUGUUGAAUUGGGAAUCCUGCUAUACAGUCUCAUAUGAUGUUGUGACAAAACGCCAAAUAAUGACCUUUUUUGAGGAAACCUCACAUGGCAUGCACGGUGCUGUCACUGAUCAUUUUGGGCUUUAAAAAUGUUCAGUUCCCCAUUUUUUAUUUUAUUUUUUU